CCGAGUUUUGACUGGUAUGACAGAAAAAAGCCAGAACUGUGUUAAAUUUGGAAAUUUAAAUAAAAGUGGCUAAUAAAAGUUAUUACGAAGGAAAGAGAUAUCAUGAAUGUUUCGGAAGCACCAAUUACUUUAGAGACUUUGAAUACUGAGGAAAUUAUGGAACGUAUUCCCACAAUAUUGUAUUUAUCAUUGGUCAUGAUUAUCGGUAUACCUGGGAACACUUUGGUAAUUCUGAUAUAUUUCGGAUCGUUAUGGAAACUCAGAGGAGCACACUGGACUUUUAUUCGUACCAUUACUAUUGUAGAUUUCCUAAUAUGCAUAAUCAUUAUCCCUUUUGAAUUUUACCAGCAGACACACCAGUUAACAUUUUAUGCAGAGAGUGCAUGUAAGUCGUUCAAAUUGAUUAGUGUUCAUCUAUCUGUAAUGGCUUCACUGUUGCUGGUGAUGAUGUCCGCUAAUAGACUGCAUAGAAUUUGGUGGCCAUUAAAAGUUCCUUUAUCGUCACGUCAAGCUUUGGUUUGUGUCAUUGUUCUUGGGAUCCUUGUAACAAUAGUUUCCUGGCCUGAAGGUUUAUUUAGUGGAAUAAAUCUAAAACAACGAAAAAACAAUAUAACUGGGUAUGACUGCGGUGUAGCCGUCCGCUAUAAACGCACAACACAUCCCUUUGCUUACAGUUUUGUGUUGCUUGUUGGGUUUAUAUUGUGUGUAGCUUCAUUAGUAACGAUAUAUGCGAUCAUUUGGAAUAAACUCAGAAAGAGAGGAAAUUUCAGAUCAACAAGUUCUGUACAUCCGCAGAUAGACAUCCCUUAUGAGUCAAGUGGCGUUCAAACAGUUGAAUUAGAAGAUGGAAGUAGCAUAUCAAAUAAAACUGUUAGUCAUAAAAUUAAAGGUAAUUCUGCCGGCUCCCGUAAAAUAUCUCUCAACAGACAAAGGAACACUUCGCGAAGAAAUCGGGGAUCAAUUAAAGUGACAAAAACUGCAUUUGUUAUAAGUAUCGUCUUCAUUUCAAGUUAUUUACCUUAUAUAACAGUGAAAAUGGUCGCAGCCCUUUUAAACGGUCAGUACAAGUCAGAUAGUAUUAUCCAAGGAAUUAUUCCUAUUUUAUCUAGAUGUUUUCUACUCAACAACAUUAUAAAUCCGAUAGUGUAUGUUUUCCUAGAUAAAACAUUCCUUACACAAUGUAAACGAAUAUUAUUAUGUAGAGCAAAGUGAAAUUUGCCUUAAAAGUUGCCAGCACUUCUGAACGUAGGAAACUUGUACGUUUAAUGUACUUUUCCCAUCUCUGAAAAAAACAGAUCUUCAAGGAUUAUUAAGAUACUGUUCAAUGGGGAAUAAUUCGUGCAGAUUUUCUGAUUGUCUCCCCUAUUAACUUUUUUCUUCAUGUGCAUGUAAAAUUAAUUUUGUGUUCUGUUCUAUUUGAAUUGAAUUGAUUUGUAUUUUAUCAUUUAUUUCAUUAUUAUAAAAGUAAUCAUUUUA